GAGUCUCAAGCGGCUACAUACUGCUCCGCCCCUGCCCUUACCUGCCCCACGCACGCACGCACGCACACGCCUCCACCUGAUUGACGAAGAAAGAAAGAAAGAGAGAAAGAAAGAAAGGAAGGAAGGAAGGAGGCCAAGAGGAAAUUACAAGAAGAAUGAAAGAAAGAAAGAAGGAAACGAAGAAGAACAGCAAGAUAGGAAGAAAGAAAGAAACAAAAAAAAAGAGAGACAGGAAACAAAGAAGAAAUUACAAGAAGAAAGAAAAAAAGGAAAAAGGAAACGAAGAUUAACACCAGGAAAAGACGAAUGAAAGAAACAGGAAAAGAAAGGGACAAAGAGAAUGAGAAAAGGGGGAAAAGGAAACUGAGAAUAACAUCAAGGAGAGAAAAGAAAUAAGGAAAGGAACACGCUAAUACACAAAGGAAGAUAGAGAUGAAGCAAACGAGAGCCAACGCAUCUAUCAGGUUCGCGAUGACGAAGGUGGUGAUCACGGGCGGUGGUGGCUACGUUGGUUAUCAUAUUGGUUGGGCGCUGUCCCGGGGUGGGCAUCCCGUGACCCUGUUGGACCUGAAGCCUCCCGACCCCGAGUGGAGCAAAACGGCACCGCGAGCUUUGUGGGAUUCUCUUCCGCCAGGGUUUUGGAGUGAAGAGACGCCAGAUCCGGGUCCUCUUGAGUUCGUGGAAGGGAGUGUGACCAACCCUCAUGACCUGCAGACUCACUUCGAAGGUGCUGAAGCUGUUAUCCACACAGCCUCCUACGGGAUGUCAGGGAGAGACCAGCUGACCCCUCACGCCCCCAUGCAAGAGAAGGUCAACAUCGAGGGGACAAGAGAGGUCAUUGAAGCCGCCGUGAAAGCGAAGGUACGCGCCCUCGUCCACACCUCCACCUACAACGUCAUCUUCGGAGGGGAUGAGAUAGUGAAGGGGGAUGAGACGAUGCCCUUCUACCCCAUUCACACCCACACCGACUACUACUCUGUAACCAAGGCCAUCGCAGAGAGACUGGUCCUGAUGGCUGAUGGGAAGUGUGACCUCCCUGCUACCCCCUCUACUCCUGGACCCCAUGCAGCCCCCCAGCCCCGCCUCUGCCCCCUUCGCACCUGUUCCCUGAGGAUGAAUGGGGUGAUGGGCCUGGGGGAGAAGCAACACUCACCCAGGAUCAUAAGUGCCAUGCGAUCUGGGCUCCUCGUCUUUGCGUUUGGCAGAAGAGACGGCCUAACAGACUUCAUUGGGAUCCAGAAUGCCGUACAAGCUCACCUGAAGGCAAUGAAGGCACUCUUGAAGGAGCAGAGCCUCAGCACGCAAGACUUUCCGGCAAUACCUUCCACAUCCGGCAAGAUUCUGAGCUGUGAAAAGGAGGAAGGCCCGAUCCCUUCUUCAGGAGACUCCAGCCCUUCCUCACUCUCCAAGUCUGACAGGGUGGCUUCAAGUUCUUCAGGAGCAUCAGAACCUACUGUAGCUUCUAGGCUGGAAGAUGUAUCAGCUUGUACAGUAGGAUCCAAUUCCCUUUCGGUUCUCCCAUCAAGAGUUUCCAGCCCUUCUUCAAGCACACCUACAGUAGCUUCAAAGUCCAAAGCUCCAGUGGCAUGUACAGAAACAUCAAAUCCCUCUUCAGGCCCCACAAGAGUAGCUUCCAAGCCUUCAGUAUCCGGACAAGCGUUCUUCAUCAAUGACGCAGCGCCGGUCAGCUACUUUGAUUACUUCCAGCCGUUGUUCGAAGGUCUUGGCUACUCCUUCCCUGCUGUCACGCUGCCCCUAUACCUCAUCCUCGUUGCGGCAUACAUCCAGGCAGUCAUUUACUGUCUAGUGCACAAGUUCUUCCCCUUCUCCCCCUUUGUCACACCUUCCGAGGCCUAUAAAUCCGUCACCCAUUACUGCAGUAGUCGCAAGGCCAUGGAGGCGUUUGACUACUCCCCGACGAGACCCAACGACCUCAAGCAGAUGGUGGAGUACUACAGGGCCCGGGGAUGCACCAACAAGAUGAGGUUUGUCUCUCUCAUGCCUGUAGCUCUGUGUUUUCUGCUUCCACUUCUGGUUUUUGUUGUUGUGAUUUAGCGUGUGUGGUUCUUGUGUGUGUGUGUGUGUGUGUGUGUGUUGAUGUUGUUUGCCAGUAGUGUUGUUUGUUUUCCUUCCUGUUAUAUAGUUUGUCGUUCCUGUGUGUGUGUGUGUUGAUGUUUGCCAGUAGUGUUGUUUGUUUUCCUUCCUGUUAUAUAGUUUGUGGUUCCUGUGUGUGUGUGUGUUGAUGUUUGCCAGUAGUGUUGUUUGUUUUUCCUUCUUGUUAUAUAGUUUGUGGUUCCUGUGUGUGUGUAUUGAUGUUGUUUGCCAGUAGUGUUGUUUGUUUUUCCUUUUUGUUAUCUAUUUGUGUAAGUUUGGGUGUAAUGCCUGUUGGUGCUAGUAAUGUUUAAUCUACUAACCUGUAAGUAGCUCUCUAUAUUUUCCUACCUGUAUGUUGUAUGUACGCACUCUAUUUUCAAAGCAUAAAUAUUUUUACUUUUGA